AUGGCCCACUCUCACUCCCACGAUGGCGGUAUCGGCCACUCGCACGAUGACCCUUUCAACGGCCACGGCCACUCCCACGAGAUUCUGGACGGCCCGGGCUCGUAUGUCAACCGGGAGAUGCCGCUGAUUGAGGGUCGCGAUUGGAAGGAUCGUGCUUUUACCGUUGGUAUUGGAGGCCCCGUUGGGUCUGGCAAGACUGCCCUGAUGCUGGCUCUGUGCCAUGCUCUGCGUGAUCAGUAUAACAUUGCCGCCGUUACCAACGACAUCUUCACCAGAGAAGACGCCGAAUUCCUCACCCGCCACAAGGCCCUGGCCCCAUCUCGCAUCCGCGCCAUCGAAACGGGCGGCUGCCCGCACGCCGCCGUCCGCGAAGACAUCAGUGCCAACCUGCUCGCCCUGCAAACCCUGCAGCGCCAAUUCAAAACGGACCUCCUCCUCAUCGAGUCUGGCGGCGACAACCUUGCCGCGAACUACUCGCGCGAGCUGGCUGAUUUCAUCAUCUAUGUGAUCGACGUUGCGGGCGGUGACAAGGUUCCCCGGAAGGGUGGCCCUGGUAUCACGGGCUCGGAUCUGUUGGUGGUCAACAAGAUUGAUCUGGCCGAGGCGGUGGGUGCGGAUUUGGGGGUUAUGGAGAGGGAUGCGGCGAAGAUGAGGGAGGGGGGUCCGACUGUUUUUGCGGUUGUGAAGCAUGGGAAGGGGAUGGAUCAUAUUGUUAAUUUGAUUAUUAGUGCGUGGAAGGGGAGUGGUGCUUAUGAGGAGAGUUUGAAGAGGUGGAAGGAGGGUGCGCCUAAGGGAUCGGGCAGUGUGGAUGAGUAG